GUGUCGCGUCAUAGAGACAAGAGACAGAGGACACAGAGACACAGAGGAUACAGAGACACAGGGGACACAGAGACACAGGGACACUCCGCAGUCCCGGGGGCGCGCUCUGGACGCGGGUUUGACGCUUUUUGCUCCGUGAGUUUUACGCGCAGCAUCAUCUGGAGCUGAGCGAGUUUAAUCUGUUCAUUAAAGUUUGAGCGAAGAGACAGACGAGCUCUGUGAACUACCACCGCUCCUCUGCGCCUCCUCUGCGCCUCCUCUGCGCCUCCUCUGCUCCUCCACCCCCUCUCCUCCUCCUCUGCUCCUCCACCCCCUCUGCUCCUCCUCCUCUGCUCCUCCUCUGCUGCUCCUCCUCCUCUGCUCCUCCUCCUCCUCUGCUUCUCCUCCUCCUCUGCUUCUCCUCCUCCUCUGCUCCUCCUCCUCCUCUGCGCCUCCACCCCCUCUGCUCCUCCUCCUCUGCUCCUCCUCUGCUGCUCCUCCUCCUCUGCUCCUCCUCCUCCUCUGCUCCUCCUCCUCCUCUGCUCCUCCUCCUCUGCUCCUCCUCCUCCUCUGCUCCUCCUCCUCCUCUGCUCCUCCUCCUCCUCUGCUCCUCCUCCUCUGCUCAGACCAUGUGAAUGACACUCGCAGCUUCAUCUGUUUCAUCUCCAAACUUCUUCAGACGUUAUGGCUGCGUCUGCCGCCAACAACAACCACAUCAGCACCAGCAGCACCAAGAGCAACACCAGCACCACCACCAGCAACAGCAGCAGCACCACCACCACCACCACCAACAGUGCUGUCCUGUCCAAAGUGCGGCGCGUGUGGAGGAGUCAGACGAGCAGAGACGAAGGAGACGGAAGAAAGAACAGAGACUUCACAGGACAGAACGUCAUUCUGGAGUUUUUUCAGAUCUGUGACACUGAAAAUAAAGGUUUUAUCACGAGACGGGACCUGCAGAGGCUGAACUCUGAACUCCCUCUGACCCCUGACGACCUGGAGCACGUCUUUGACACGCUGGACUCGGACGGGAACGGAUACCUGACCCUGGACGAGUUCUCCUCAGGCUUUAGUGAAUUCUUGUUUGGGCAGAAUGUUCAUGUUGAGUCAAAUAUGGAGGUAAACACCUCGGGUCACGACUCGGUGGAGACGGUGUACCAGGGUCAGUGGGAGGAGCAUCUGUCUGGUCCUGAUGAUGAAGAGGAGAAACACUUCGCUCUCCUCAUGGACAGUCUGGGAGCGAGUCACGUCUUUGAAAAUGCCACAGAGAUCCGCAGUCUGUGGGCGCAGCUCCGCCGGGACGAGCCACAUCUCCUGUCCAACUUUGAGGACUUUCUGGCCCGAGUGACGUCACAGCUCCUCGAGGCCAAUCAGGAAAAGAGCGAGAUGGAGAGCGCCCUCAAGAGAAAAGCCGCGAGUCACGAUGACGAGAUCCGAUACUUGUACGAGGAGAUGGAGCAGCAAAUCAAAAACGAGAAAGACAAGAUUCUGUUACAGGAUUAUAAACAGUUUCUCUCUCGGAGCCAAGACCUGGAGCUUCAGCUUUCGUCCAAAGAAAAAGAACUGGAACAUCUGUUUCAGAAGCAGAAGAGGCUGGAGCAUCAGUGCAGGGACCUCCACAGCGAACAACACGAGACCAAAGAGGAGAACGUCAAGUUAAAACAAACCAACGAGGAGCUGCUGCGGGAGCUGGAGCACACGAGCCGCCAACUGAGCCACGCCCAAGAGCAGCUGCUGACGCUCCAGAAGCAAUCGACACAGUUACACGAGGAGAAGGAGAUUGAAAUGUACAGACUGACUGAGGGACUUCAACGAGAACGAGCCAGUUUAAUGAAACAGCUCGACCUGAUGAGAGAAAUGAACAAAUAUUUACGAGACGAGAGAGACAUCAGUUUUCAGAAACCAAAGAAAAGCUCCAGCUCUUUUCGAUCUUCUUACUCUCCUUCACCCAAAGGCUCCUCCUCAGACGUCUUCAGAAGUGAGGACGAGGUGGACACUGUGGGCGACUCCACGCGGCUGAACGGCGUCUCUCCAGAAGGACCUCGAGGACAUUUACAGAGGAUCAUCUCCAUAGAAGAAGACCACCUCCCACACCUCCUGCAGAACCACUGCCACCUGCAGGGCGCUCUGAGGGAGUGCAGCGAGGACGAGGACGAGAGCGUGGACGCCGUCAUGAGUGACAUCGUUCCACUGACGAGAGACGAGACGCCGACGUCUCCGAGAGGUCAACCCGUCGGCAAAGAGACCACCCUAAAUGAGGAAGGCCUCUCUCCUCCAGAUCGUCUGUUUAAAAUCAUCAUCGUUGGAAACUCAAGUGUAGGAAAAACUUCACUUCUUAAAAGGUUUUGUGAGGACUGUUUCCACUCGGGGAUCUCCGCCACAGUCGGUGUGGACUACAGUGUAAAGACCAUCUUGGUGGACAACAGUCUCAUCGCUCUGCAGAUGUGGGACACGGCGGGACAGGAGAGGUAUCGCAGCAUCACCAAACAGUUCUUUCGUAAAGCCGACGGCGUGAUCGUGAUGUUUGACAUCACAGACGUGAGCAGCUUCACCGCCGUCCGACACUGGAUCACCAGCAUCAACGAGGCAGCAGGGGGCGACAUCACCGUUUUGCUUUUGGGAAAUAAAACAGACAGAGAAGAGGAGAGACAAGUGGAGAAGACGCUGGGGGAACGACUGGCCAAGGAAAGUCAGAUGCCCUUCCUCGAGUGCAGCGCCUGCACCGGACACAAUGUGCUGGAGUCGAUGGUUCAGAUGGCCCGAAUUUUAAAAGAGCAGGAAGAUCGACAUAAAGAGAAGACGGUGACGUUGGUGAACUCUCCGUCUGAGAAGAAACGUUCGUGCUGCUGACGUCUGGGGCCUCGUCACUGUGAACCCAAAGACACAAAGACACAAAGAGACAAACUCACUCUGUCCUUUUGUCAAACCUCAAAGUGCCAAAACAACUGGCCCCAUUUCACCAAACCUCACAGAUCAGCACAUGUUCAUUUAAAUCACAGGGGGCCCAUGUGAGGGGGCCCAUGUGAGGGGGCCCAUGUGAGGGGGCCCAUGUGAGGCGUCCUGCCCCGGGUCCCCACGUUUCUGUCGACGGCCCUGCUCCAGAUCAUUAUAUUGUGUGUUGUGUUUUUCCUGUUUUGGCAAAAUAAUUUGGUUUUGUAUUUUACUUCCUGGUCAUAAAUCGAGACAGAACUUCUCUAAUGUCACAGAAAUUAAUAUUUGACCAAAAAAAAAAGAAAGAAAAAAAAAGAGAAACACUCGUCGAGUGACGUCAUGAAUAAAACGCUGCAUUUCUAUCAUUUUCAACAGAUUUUUCAACAUUUCUUCACAAACUUCUUAAUUUUGUGUAAAACUAUAAUUUAUUUUUACAUCAGGUUUUAUUUCACCAGUUUAAGUGAAAAUGAGAGAAUAAUCCAAAGUCCAAAGUUUAACGCAGCGUUUUGUCUCAACACAGAUGUUAAAGGGGAGGUGUCUGUUAAAGGGGAGGUGUCUGUUAAAGGGGAGGUGUCUGUCUGUUAAAGGG